AUGUCACCUGCUGAGCGCAACUAUGGUAUAGGGGAUAGAGAGUUAUUGGCUGUCAAAUUGGCUCUAGAGGAGUGGCGUCACUGGCUGGAGGGGGCUGCACACCCAUUUACCUGGACAGACGGAGAGGAGAGAUGGAUGAAGGAGGAAAAGAGGAGCAGAGGAGGACGUCUGAACGUCUCGUCCUUCCAGUCCAGAGAGAAUAGGAGGAUGGGAGGAGUGUGUGUGGAUCACAAAAUCAGAGAAGAGCUAGCACAUUGUGUUGAGGAACGAGGAGUGGAGAUCCUGGGCAUUCAAGAACACAGGAGAGUGCACACUGAAGACCCGAUUGCCUACAACAGAGUGGAGAGAUGCAUGUUCAUCUCUGCAUCUGCAUGGAGGAACGAGGCCCAGGCCGCGACAGGCGGUGUUGGGUUAAUGCUGGGAUCCCGGGCGCGUAAGGCUCUUCGUCGGGUUUACCACCACACCGACAGAAUCCUAAGCGCAGAGUUCUCGGGCAACCCAGCAACAACGGUCAUAGUCGUGUACUCACCCACCAAUGUGACAUCCUAUGACGAGGUGGAAAAGUUCUUUGAGGACCUUGCAACAGCGGUCCGAAACGCCCCAGUUCACAACUUCCUGGCCAUCCUUGGGGACUUCAAUGCAAGACUGGGACCAGAGGACGUACCCUUCCCCUACCACGACUCUACAAACCGUAACGGUUGCUACCUCGCUGCCUUCCUUACAGAGCAUGAGCUCCUGGCAGCAAACACCAUCUUCCGGAAGAGAGCAGGAAAAAGAUGGACCUUCCGAGACCGUGCCACAGGAGCACUACGGCAGCUAGAUUACAUCCUAGUGCGGAGGAAGUGGAGGAACUCCGUCAUGAAUGCUGAGCCAUACAGUACAUUUUGUUCAGUGGGCUCAGACCACCGCGUGGUCUCCAUGAGAGUUCGCCUGAGCCUUAGGGUCUCCAAACCAAGUCCCAGGAUCCGAUACAACUGGAGAGCCUUCUCAAGUGACCCUGGCCUUCAAACCAGAUACACAGAGGAGGUGAGGAGACAAUUCCUCCAGCUGGACAGGGAGGCGGAUCCUAGUAGCGAGUACAAGAGAUUCAUAUCUGCGAAUGAGGAGGCGACCAGGCUGUGGGUACCCAAGAUGGAGAGAGUCCGAACCUCCAUGCGAUCAAAACACCCAGAAGUCGUAGUAGCACGAAGCAGGGUGGAGGAAGCCCGCCUCAGCUUUGAGCGGGAGCCAACGGCAGAGAGUCGUGGGGAGCUGAAUGAGGCCAAACAGUUCCUUUUCAGAACUUAUGACACCAUCAGAGGGGAGGAACUGAUGGAGAGAGUGCGGAGGGUACAGGAGGCGCAAGGUUGUCAACAGUAUGGGGAGGCUUGGAGGGUCAUCAACGAGAUGACAGGGCGGAAGAGGACCAAGAAGGGACAGGUGGAGGGACACACCCCAGAGGAGAGGGUGACAACCUGGACCACCCACUUCCAUAGGCAACUGAGGAAGAAGUACAAUCAGUCCUCCCAAACCUUAACAUCAAUGACGGCCCCUUCACACUCGGAGAGCUUGCCAGGGCAAAAACCACCGUAA